GUGGGUACGUUUAACUUCAAGUUGGACAUUCAAGGACGCCUCUUGCCCAUGCUGCAAUCUCUUGAGCAAAAUGGUUUACAAGUUGGUUCCUGCAAGCAGGCUUUGAGCAAGAGAGGCGUGCAAAACCUGACAAGAGCAAUUGCAAAGAGACCUUCUGCGAGCCAAGUUAUCUGAUCAGAAUUUGGGGAAGCUUGAGAUUCUUUGAGAUACUUCCCUCUGAUCAACCCCCGGAAUGCUUGAUCAAGCUUCUUGGUCGAGAGCUUCUUCUUGAAACCAAGAAUCAAUGUGAAGUGCAAUCGAUGCUCCAACGGUCUGAAGCUUACAUAGAAGCCUGCCUUUCACAAAAUAACGCUCUUCAUAAACCUCUGGAAGCUGUUUUGCCAUAGUGGUUGAUACAUUGUGCUGGGCCAAUCUGCAGCGCUUGCUCCGCAGGGUCUGCUUUCAGCUAGAGACUCUCAUCACACAUUUCCUUGAAACAGGGCUGCUCCUUCUGUGGCAGAUCUACUUUUGGUGGUCCGACAAUAGACCGCUCGUCGCAAAAACCCUCGUGCGUUGAUUCUGACGCGGUUGCAGCUCCGCCCAGUGCAUCUUUCCUGAUUGAAAGUGCCUCAGAUGGACAUCAUGGGUGCAAGGUUGUAAAGGGUUGCGGCACGUGCCAGCGAGACGGGGUCGUCCACUCCACGCACGUUCUGUAUGUCGGGGGUCCAGCCCACUGACGAUGACCCCCCCGCAACGCCGGCGGAGGAGACGGCGUCGCCGUCCAUCUCCCCAACAAGCAGUAUCGUCCGCUAUGGGGAGCGCGGCCACUCACGCACCAGCAGCUGGGGCAGCGUGCGCACCACCGUCGUGAGCAAGCAGUUCCCCAACGGAGACUCGUAUACAGGGGAUGUGGCUGCGGGCGUGCCACAUGGCAAGGGCCGGUACAUGUGGCGCGAAGGCAGCUCGUAUGAUGGGGACUGGUCCGCUGGGAAGAAGCACGGGAAAGGCAUGUUCCAAUGGCCCAGUCAGGCUGUAUACGAGGGCGACUGGAUGGGGGGGGUCAUGGAGGGGUGGGGGACGUACCGGAGCCCCAACGGGGAGUCGUAUCGCGGCAGCUGGCACUUGAACCAGAAGCACGGGCUGGGCAAGAAGAAGUAUGCGAACGGAGACGUGUACGACGGGCUCUGGCAGAACGGCGCGUUCGAGGGCCCGGGGCGGUACAUCUGGGCCAACGGGAAUUCGUACAGCGGCAACUGGCGGGGGGGCAAGAUGGACGGGCGCGGCAUCUUUGUGUGGGCCAACCGUGACCGCUACGACGGGGAGUGGGCGGGGGGGCGCGAGAACGGCAAGGGCGUGUUCACCUGGGCGGACGGGGCGGUGUUUGAGGGGAGCUGGCUCAACGGGCUGCGCCAUGGGCGGGGAGUGUACUACCCCCCUGGAGCGCUGCGCAGCAGAAAGGGCAGCAGGAAGGAUCUGAUGCCACCCAGGGUCCCGGAGGAAACGCCCACAAGCAGCGGGGACUUUGGGGCGGGCGGGCAAGCAGAGAGUGAGGACGGAGGGGCAAGCAGCCAUGAGCAGCAGGCUGCGGGGAACGGAAUGGACGAAGGGAAGGGAGAUUCCAUUGAGAGUGGAGAGGAACAGGCGCGGACAGGCGCUAAUGAAAGCCAGGCUUCAGACGAGGCUGCGACAAAGGCGGCAGGUAGCAGUCUCCCUGAGGAUAGCCCGGGCCAGGAUGGGGAGGCCGAGGGCAACGCGCCCAAGUUGCGGAGUGCGAAGGUGACCAGCUUCUCGGACUGGAAUGCCGCCAGAACGCCACUGGUUGGCGUCAGCGAGGCGUCGCACCCUGCGGGCAUCCCUGAGGCUCCCCCGCCUGGAGACAAGACGAUCAUCUCGAGCCCCCCACCGGCCAGCCACCGCCGCAGCAUCUCCGCAGACGGGAACUCCUUCAGCUUCCCACGGGAAGGCUCCGAACCCCUCCCAGAGGACGGCCGCUUUUUAACAGCGGCGAGCCCCUUUGGCAGCCGCAACUCAGCCCUGGGGCUGACAUACGACUCCGACACGACUCUGAGCGAGUCCAGCUUUGGUGACUCUCAGAGCGGCGCCAGCACGCCCGUCUACUCGCCGUUGGUCCCACGCAGCCGCCUCGCCUCGCAGCGCCCGCCGGUGCCCCGUCCGGGCGACGGCCUGGCGCGAGACCUGUUCGGGCAGUCCUCUGGCAGCAGCAGCGGGGUGCAGAACGGGACCACUAUCGAGAACGGCAGCGGCCACGCGACGCCCGAAGAGGACUCGGCGAACCGGCGGCUGUCGGGCAUGCACGCGGGGGCCGCUGCGCGGCAGUCUGUCGACAUGACGCUGGCGCGCAACUUUGGCGGGGGGAGGGGCGAGGGGGGCGUGCGGCGCGUGGUUGUGCGAGAGUACGUGGAGGGGAAGCUGGUGUCGGAGGAGGAGCAGGCCAUGCCGGAGGCGGAGCCGCGCGGCGAGCGCGUGAAGCGGCACUCGCGGCGCGGGACGCGCGAGGUGAAGCGGCCGGGGGAGACCAUCUUCAAGGGCCACCGCAGCUACGACCUCAUGCUCAACCUGCAGACGGGCAUCCGGUACACGGUGGGCAAGAUCACGCCCGAGAAGUUCCGCGAGAUCCGGCCGUCCGACUUCAAGGCGCAGAUGAGCCAGCGCUUCCCGCCCAACGGCUCCAGCACCACCCCGCCGCACCGCUCGCACGACUUCAAGUGGAAGGACUACUGCCCCAUGGUCUUCAGGCACCUGCGCGACCUGUUUGGCACGGACGCGGCGGACUAUAUGAUGUCGCUGACCGGCAGCGACGCGCUGCGCGAGCUGUCGUCGCCCGGCAAGUCCGGCUCCGUGUUCUACCUGUCGCACGACGACCGCUUCCUCAUCAAGACCAUGCGCAAGACGGAGAUGCACGUGCUGCUCAACAUGCUGCCCGCCUACUACCAGCACGUGCGCACGCACGACAACACGCUGCUCACCAAGUUCUUUGGACUCCACCGCAUCAAGCCCGCGCACGGCAGGAAGGUGCGGUUCAUGGUGAUGGGCAACAUGUUCCACACGGACCUGCGCAUCGACGCGCGCUUCGACCUCAAGGGCUCCUCGCACGGCCGCGCCACCGACCCCGCCGCGCGCGACGCGGCCACGACGCUCAAGGACCUGGACCUGGACAUGGCAUUCAAGCUGGAGGAGGGCUGGCGGGAGCGGCUGGCCCGUCAGCUGGCGCAGGACUGCGACUUUCUGCAGAAGCUGCACAUCAUGGACUACUCGCUGCUGCUCGGGGUGCAUUACCGCGACAUCAAGCACGAGUCGCAGUUGUCCACCCUCACCGAGGAGAGCGCGGGUGGGGUGUCGACAUUCAGUGCCGUCACGGUCGACGAUGGCGAGGAGGAGGUGUCCACGUUGACGCAGCGGGGGGGUGCGUUCACCAGGCUAGGGACCCGGGGUGCGGCGCCGCGGCUGCCGUACGGGAUGAACGGGCACGUGAUCGCGGCCAUGGCGCCCGACCGCACCGAUACGCUGCGGCCCGUGCUGGGCAGCCGCGGCGGGACGGACGCGCUCGCGUACAGCUUCGGUCGCUCACGCGUGCAGCUGGGCGUCAACAUGGCGGCCACCGCGCUGCCCAAAAACGAGCGCCAAGACUCUGCGGCGUCGCAGGGCGGGGCGCGCGACGUGGUGCUUUACUUUGGGAUCAUUGACAUACUGCAGGAGUGGGACGUGUCGAAGCGCGUUGAGCACACGUACAAGAGCCUCAAGUUCGGGGACAGCCAGGCCAUGUCUGCGGUGGACCCCAGGACGUACUCGCAGCGGUUCCAGGACUACAUAGGGACGCUCUUUUUGUAGUGCGAGCGAGGGGGCGGUGGUUUGAGCGCUACAUAGCCGCCGGCAAAUUGAAGCAGCUUGUUGUACAACUUGCAGUGUUGCGAAUAUAAGAACGGUUUUGCGAUAUGGUAAAGAGCAGAUCCUGCUGGCCAUGCAGAUUAGUUGCAAUCUUGCAGAUCGCGCCUUUCAGGUGAGAACUACGUCUUAUUAUCGAGAAUUGAAGUACGUCCUUUCACAAGGCAGCAAAAUUUCAUUUGGGUUGAUUGAGUCCAUUGGAAAUUCGGUGUUAGUGGCAAG